CAACAAAGAGCUUAUUGUUUAUUAUUAAAUCGCUGAUAUCAACAAAAUUCUAAUCAAAUUCAGAGCAAGGUUCAGCCUUAAAUUUAUACGCAACUAAAUUAUUUCAUAUAACCGACAAGAAAUCGCCCAGGACAAAAAAAAUAUAUCGCAUGCAACAUUUUUUUUUCAAUUCUACGAAAAAACAGCACGUAAGCAAACGUUUAAUGAAUAACACAUGCUGGACACACUAGUCACUUAUGAGGAUAUUGAAGGAUAUUGUGGGUUAUGAGUAGAGCACAACAUUGUAGAGCUACUGACAUUGUGACAUUGCAUAAAUUGGAUUUGUAGUACUUGAAGAGUCAUUGCACGAACUUUAAUUUAGUAAAUAAUUUUUUCCAUACAUUGUCGCAACUACAACAGAUGUCUGUAUUUUAAUACAAAAUUACUUUGUUACAAUUGUUUCAACUAAAAAUUUUACGCUCAUAUAUUCUACAACAAAAAACAAACUGCAACUAUUUAAACAAAAUACAAGGUACCAUAUAUUAAUAUAGCUGUUGAUGCAGAAGUAGAGAGAACACGAUAAAUAAAUUGAGUUAGCUGCAAAUAAAGUAAUAAUAGCAACAAAGUAUAAAGCAUUUAAACAAUUCAUCAGCCUCACACGUACAACAAACCACAAACAACAAACAGUUUUGAUCGGAUAAUUAAGAACCACGACAGCAAACAAACAGCAAGCACAAUGCGGUUGUUUCCAGUGCGCCUCUCGAGCAUAUCGAAAAUGCUCGAUUGUUACUCUCAAUACAAUCCGUCGCCGCUUUCAAUAAAACAAUUUUUGGAUUUCGGUCAGAAUGCAUGUGAAAAGAAGUCGUUCAUAUUUUUACGAAAAGAGCUACCCGUACGACUAGCGAACAUCAUGAAGGAGAUCGCGCUAUUACCAGACAAUUUAUUAAACACAAGAUCAGUAAGCCAAGUAAGCACUUGGUAUAUGAAAAGCUUCGAAGAGGUGAUAGAAUUUGAAAAAGCUGAACCGACACACUGCAAUCUACAAAAAUUUUGUAGUACGAUCGGACAAAUUCGGAAUCGACACAGUGAAGUUGUGCAGACAAUGGCACAAGGUGUCAUCGAACUGAAAGAAGCGCAAGACGGAAACGUUGACUCAGCAUUGGAAACCUCGAUACAAUAUUUUCUGGACCGUCUAUACAUGUCGCGCAUUAGCAUACGAAUGCUAAUUAAUCAGCACACGUUAUUGUUCGGUAAAUAUCCGAAUGAGCAAGGGCGACAUAUUGGCUGCUUGGAUCCGGCAUGUCAGCUAUCAUCUGUUGUGAUGGAUGCCUAUGAGAAUGCGCGUUUUCUGUGUGAUCAAUAUUAUUUGACUAGCCCCGAAUUGCAAAUCAAGGAAUAUAAUCAAAUGGAAAAUGAAACGUUACCUAUACGUACUGUGUAUGUGCCAUCGCAUUUAUACCAUAUGCUUUUCGAACUAUUUAAAAAUUCUAUGCGCGCGGUUGUAGAGCGCCAUGACCAAGAUAAGUGUGAUAUACUUCCACCAAUAGAAGUAAUGAUUGUACGUGGUAAGGAAGAUAUUUGCGUUAAGAUCUCAGACCAAGGUGGUGGUAUACCACGUUCACAAACCGAUCAACUAUUUAAAUAUAUGUAUAGUACAGCACCGCAACCUUCAAAAUCGGAUUUACAUACAGUACCAUUAGCCGGUUAUGGUUAUGGACUACCAAUUUCUAGACUUUAUGCACGCUAUUUUCAUGGCGAUAUCGUUUUACUUUCAUGUGAAGGUUUCGGUACUGAUGCUAUAAUCUAUAUGAAGGCACUUUCUGACGAGGCAAAUGAACUUUUACCCAUAUUCAAUAAGACAAGUUCUAAGUUCUAUCGUGCAACUGUACCCACUGGAGAUUGGUCUAAUCAGAGCUCCGACAUGAAUGCACGCCAGAUGAACGCUUCAUCACCGAAACGCUAUAAUGACAUUUUGUAAAAGGUGGCUCUUAGAUUGGAGGAUAUGGGUUACUAUAUGCAUUGCAUUAAGCCAAAGUAACUUAACUUAAGCAUUCCUGCAACAAAAGCACAUUAAUGUAAAUCCUUUCUACUAUUAAGCAAUCAAUGAAUAUCCUUAAAAGUCAUUAAAUUACAUUAAAUUAUCUUUAGUUACUUACAAAAUAUGGAAAACAGUAUUUGACACA